AGGGUCGGGGCGAGCGGAGUCUUCGCUUCCUGCACCGGGGCGCUAGGGCUUGGGUGGGGGGGGUGGUGAGGUCAGCGGUGUCGCAGUGUGGACUUCUCCGCGUUCUUCCACCGCCCCCCCCCCGCCGCCCUCCCCGCCGAGGCCGUAGAGCUAAUCGGUGGCGGGCGGCAGCGCACUUGGAGGCGCGGCAAGUGGCACACAGGCCUCGGCGCAGGCCGGCUGCACCAUGGUCCGGCUCACUACUGUCCUGUGCAGAGCCUACCGCGGAGGCCAUUUAACCAUCCGCCUUGCCCUAAGUGGCUGUACCAACCGGCCCUUCUACCGCAUUGUGGCUGCUCACAACAAGUGUCCCAGGGAUGGCCGUUUCGUGGAGCAGCUGGGCUCCUAUGAUCCACUGCCCAACAGCCACGGAGAGAAAAUCGUUGCUCUCAACCUAGACCGGAUCCGGCAUUGGAUCGGCUGUGGGGCCCACCUCUCUAAGCCUGUGGAGAAGCUUCUGGGUCUUUCUGGCUUUUUCCCUCUGCAUCCCAUGAUGAUCACAAAUGCUGAGAGGCUGCGAAGGAAACGGGCACGCGAAGCCCUCUUAGCAUCUCAGAAAACAGAUACAGAGGCUACAGAAACAAAAAUGAGCUGACUUCAGUGACCAGAGCAUUGGGGAAAAGGUCAACACUUAAAACACUUGUGCAGAGCUCUUAGUUUUAUUAGAUUUGGAGGUCAAUAAAUGGAGUUUCUUGAGUCACCCAUGCUCUUCUGUCCUGAGCU